AUGCCGGGAACAUUGCAGCGGCGGCGACAGCUUCCUGGACGUCAUGGCAUCAGAAGCAGUAUCGUGGCCGUGUUGAUGGCGCUAGUGUCUGCAUCAUCGAAUACAUGCUCUUCCACAGGAGACGACGAUGGGCUGCAGCAGCAGCAUUAUUCACUCACGGGCGUGAAGGGUGCCCUCGUCUCAGGGAACGGGUUGACGUUUUGCACACAAUGUGUGGAUGUUCUCCGCGAAGGCUCCGUGGGUACGAAUGUCAUUGCCCAUGUGCUGAUAUUGAGCUCGUUAAAUGCACUCACAUACAUGGGCAUACUAGUGCCAGCGUGGGAGUCGUAUCACAACCCAGAUGUGUUUCGCGUAUAUGGAGACAUCGUGUACGCAGUGCCCAACACUGCCUUGGACGACCUGUACAACGGCCAUCAAGUAGACGGCCGGCUCGUACUAGUUGAUCGAGGAGAUGUUCCCAUCGCCGACAAGGCAAGGCGCGUGCAAGAGGCAGGUGGCACGGGCAUGGUAGUCGUGGACUCGGGCGAGUGCGGCGCAGCGUUUGCCUGUGGGGUGCUGGGAUCUCCGCGACAGAAUGGCUUCCUAGAGCAAGACGAGUGGGUUAAGUGGAGGGACAUGCACAUCCCCGUGGUGCUCGUCUUGCAGCCCGACGGCGAUCGGAUCAAAGCUGCAAUGGACCUCGUGCAAAUGGACAUGCCAGACCUGGGCCUGCAGUAUGUGCUUCGAGAAUAGAACAGAUUCACACCUUCCACAGUCUAACGUUAAGCUUAUGUACGUACCAUGCGACAAUGUCACAUGAAAGAUC